UAGACUUUAUGUAGCACUUUACGAUUAUAUAAACAUGUGUAUUUGAUAAGAACCUUUAGAUUGUUCUGAACAUUUGAUUUUUAUUACUACGAAUUCAAAGGAAUAAUUGUCCCUAAAAUAAAUGUGCUAUUCCAAUUAGGACAAACUUCGGGAUACUUUUAGACUUUUCGUGCAGGGGUUUUAGUGCUUUCCAACAUUCCAAAUAGUUGCUUGGACUUCUUACACUCUUUUUGGGACUGUUUCGUUUAUUUCCAGAUUUCAUUGUUUUGUCUUAACAAUUCAAGAUGUCAGAUAAUGAAGACCAAGGGCAGGCUGAAGAUGGGGGCGGAGAAGGGGAGACCUUCCAAACGUUUGAAGAGCAACAAAAACGUAAAGAACAGAAACUAGCCGAAGAAAUGGAAGAAUACAAGGCUAUGAGACAGUCAGAAAAGGAGAAGGAGGCCCAUGAUAUCGAGGAACUUAAAAGGAAAAGGAAAGAGAGACAAGUUGAACGAGCAGAAGAAGAAAAAAGAAUGGCAGAACAAAGAAGGGAGGAAGAAGCUCGUAGAAAAGUUGAAGAGGAAGAAAGAAAGAAGAAGAGGGCUGAGGAAGAAGAAAGGAGAAGGAGAGAGAAGGAACGCAGGAGGUUGGAGGCUGAAAAGAGAAAAGGUCCAAAGACCCCAAAUUUCACAAUCGUAAAGAAAGAGGGUGGAGAUGAAGAUGAGGAUGAGGAGAAGAAAUCUCCACAAAAGACAAAGGAGGAACUGGAGAAGGACAAACAGAAUGCACUGACGUCAAGAAUCACACCUCUGGCCGAUACCUCUAGUAUGAGCACUGACCAGCUUACAGAACUGGCGAGAAAUUUACACGAACAAAUCAGAAUACUUGUCACAAGUAUGUAUGAUACAGAGGACCGCUAUAAGAGGCAACAGUAUGAUAUUGUUGAGUUACAAGAGAGAGCUAGGGCCAUGAGUAAAACCAAGAAGAAGGGAAUUACAUGUGUCCAGUACGACGAUACAUAUGACAGAAUGAACGACAGAUUUUCCAAUGCUCCUCCCAAAAUUCUGCUGUGUAGUAAAUAUGAAAGGCACACCGACGAUCGAUCGUUCGACCAGCGCUACAAACUUUACGAGGAGCUGUCCGCAGACAAACCACUUCCAGAGCUGCUGAGAAUACAGGCGUUUGGUGUGGAGCGAGCCUACGAUGAAUAUUAAUCUGUUACCAUAGCAACGUGUCAAGGGUCAAAAGGAAGAUCUUAUAGACGUCAGUAAAAUGUAUAACGACUAUCUCAAUGACAAUUAUAACUAUCUUACAGGAGGAUAUUGAUUUAUCCCUGAAAACUUAUUAUGCGUUUGCAUAGUGUUCAAGCUUUUUUCCUCCACUUUUCGUACCUACUCCAUUCAGCAGCAGUUUUCCAUGGCCACAGAAUCAACGCAACAAAAAAACCCAAAAAACUUUUACUUCUUGUUUAUAGAAAUUCCAUGUGUUUAACAUAAUAAACUUUUUCAAUGUAAAAAUUUUUAAACGGAAGACAACCAUGACAGACAUGUUUUUGCAAGUUACUAUCAGUGUUUUCUGAACCAGAGGCUACAAAUAUUCUUUUGAAAACUUUAUUGUAGUGGUUUUAACAACUUUUAGUGUACACACUUUUAAGUUUUAUGCUUGUCAUUUUGUGUGUUAGCAACUUUUAACCAACUGUUAAUUUGAUGAGCAGCUGUGCACAAAAAUAUAUAUAGACUGUACUGUAGAAAGGUAAUUGUACUUGCUUCAAAAACAUUAAUUGAUUCCGUUAAUUGAAAAUCAUCUUUCGUACAUUAAAGAAUGGCUGUUAAUUAUGGAAGAUUUGCCAACUGCCACAGUCUAAAAAAAUUAUUUCUGAUGACACAGUCUAAAAAACUAAUUUCUAGUGCCACAGUCUAAAAAAUUAUUUGUAAUAUUUAAAAUGUGAAGCAGUCUAAACUUAAACAAACUCAUACCUUUUCUUACCUUUAUAAGAACAGACUGGUUUUUUUUAUGUCAUGCUUUUGAUAUUUUGUGGCCAGCUAAUGAUUACAAGGAUUUUGCAAGUUAUUGUGAAAUGAAUGGAGAAGAAAGUAGGGUAUCUUGUUCUCUGUUUUGUUUAUAAGCUUAUUGUUCUUAAAAAAAAUGUUAGAUCAUUUUUAUUGAUGUUGAAAUUAAAGUGCAAUAUAUUUAAUUAUAUUUCUUUUGACCCUUGACACCUGAUUAUAAUGUAUUAUAUAUAAAUGUAUUUAUUCAUGUAUACUUUUCAUGUUUAUAAUGAAAAUGUGUGAAUGUGUUCUUUUGAAAAAAAACAUACUUCGGCUUUAAAACUCGAGGGAAAAAUGAAACCUGUUUUUAUAUUCUAUUUUGUUUUUCGCUGUUUAUCAAAUUUCAUCAGUAAAAAAAAAAUUUUGCAGAUAAUAUCAUUUUAUUUUUGUGAGAAAAAUAACUUUUUUUUUUCGAGGCUUUGUUAAAAAAAGAAAAAAAAGACAGGUGAAUUCAGGUCUUUCAGAUGUCUUUUUACAAUACUCAUGUCACAUUCGCUGCCAGUUUUUUCUCACAGAAAUAAUCUGGUUUCCCUCGUAAAUCAGUCAUUGACAGAAAAAGCGGCAUUUUAAUUUGUUUUAUGUGUACAUGUGCUCAUGCAAGCUUGCCUGUAGUUUUAAUCAAAGGUAGUGUGCCUUAUUUACCACCCAGUAUUUGAAAAUAAAAUUGCUGCCUUUAUAACAA